GGUCACGUGACAGGACUACUUCCGUGUCAAAAACUCAGUAAACAUAAAAAAGACAGAAUCGAAACUGAUACUUAAAUCGUCCAGAGGGCAGCUCAUUACAGAAAUGCACCCAUCCUCCUGUGAUACCUUUGUGGCUCUUCCUCCCUCCACUGAGGGACAUCACAUCAUUUUUGGGAAAAACUCGGACAGGCCCUGUGAUGAAGUCCAAGAGGUUGUGUAUUUUCCUGCCAAAGACUAUUAUAAUCCAGAUGAGAAACUUGAGUGCACUUACAUAGAGAUUGAGCAGGUUGCCCACACUCAUGCGGUUGUGCUGAGCAGACCUGCAUGGCUGUGGGGGGCUGAAAUGGGUGCAAAUGAGCAUCAAGUGUGCAUUGGAAACGAGGCAGUGUGGGGCAGAGAAAGUGCUAAUGAAGAAGAGGCUCUGCUAGGCAUGGAUCUGGUCAGACUUGGACUCGAGAGGGCAAACACAGCUGAGAAAGCUGUUGGUGUUAUCACCGAGCUGUUGGAGAGGUACGGUCAGGGAGGAACAUGCAUGGAGGAUGAAAGUAGCUUCACCUACCACAACAGCUUCCUCAUCUCAGACAGGAAAGAAGCAUGGGUGCUGGAAACAUCAGGGAAGCACUGGGCAGCAGAAAGAGUGCAGGGUGGAUAUCGCAACAUCUCAAACCAGUAUGGAAUAACAACAAAGAUAGACAAGGAGCAUCCAGGAAUGAGGGAAUAUGCACAGAGCAAAGGAUGGUGGGACGGAAAAACAGAGUUCAACUUCGCUACGGUUUACUCCUACUUGACCACAGCCAGAAUAGGGUCUGCUGGGAGUCGGUACUGCGAGGGGAAGAAGCUGCUGGAGAAGAGUGAUGGUCACAUUACUGCAGAGGCCAUGAUGGACAUCCUACGAGAUAAAGAGAGCGGCAUCAACAUGGAGGGCAUGUUUAUGACAACAGGAAGUAUGGUGUCUGUGAUUCCGACAGAUCCCACUCUGCCAGGGAUUCACUACUUCACCGCAACUCCAGACCCUGAGAGGUCUGUAUUCAAGCCGUUCAUCUUUGUGCAGAAGGUCAACCUACUAAAGGAAACCACUUCCCCCAGUUUUGGCCCAGAUGAUCCAGUGAAGAAGAACCCGCGCUUUCAGAGCAAACCGGAUCGGAAACAUCCACUGUUUGUGAAACAUGAACUCAUUGCUGCCAUCAUCGAAUCCUACAAGGAAAGGGGGCAGAAGAUCACAGAAGGCAUGAGGCGGCUGGAGAAAGCACUGAUGGAAGAGAUGGAGACGUACCUGGAACGAGGCGUGGAGGAGCCUGAUCUGUUGGUGAACUUGUUCCCAGGAUCGGUUCAGAAAGAGAUGUCCGUUUACAACAAAAGCUGAGAACUUCAACCCUCAAGUGAUGAAAUGUUAAAUCCAAACGCAAAUAGAAUAACAUGUUUUAACACAAACCAGCAGUAAAAAUAAACCCCUGAGUGAAUAAACAAGGAUUUAAGUGAAUGUUUUCUCAAGCUAAACUGGAAUAAAUUUAUUUAAUGAGAAAUAAA